CAUCACUGCAACUCACUUCAUUCUCCAUCCGUCUUUGUCCUCGUGGAUCACACUAUCCACCAUGUCGGCAGAGCCCCCCGCCGACAGCUCUGCAGCAUCAGCCGUGACUGCUGCUCCGGCUGUGGGCGCAGCCUCUGCAUUGCCGUCAGAUGUGUUAGCGGAUGUUGAGAGAGAACAACAGGUUGCCGAUCUCCAGGCCGCACUCUCGAAAGCUGAGGCCGUGGUUGAACAGCUGAGGAAAGAAAAGGAGGCUCUUCUUAACGAGCGCGAUGCUUCGGUCUCCACCUCGUCUCAGCUGCGCGAACAGCUCGCCAAAGUACAGUCGGCGCACCAUCAGGCAUCAUCCGAACUCAGCGUCGCCUCAAGCCGCGUCACUGCUGUCGAGGCCGAGAAGGUCGAACUCGCAGAGGACAUGCAGAGGCUGAAGGAGCGCGCCGCUGAGACAAACCAGGAGCUGUAUAGACUGCGCCUGCAGAAGAGCGAGGCAUCGCAGACCGUCGCCACACUUCGCGUUGAGGUCUCAGAGCACAGGAUGGCUGCCGACUCUGCCAAGUUCAACGAACAACGUGCCGUCCAGGCUUUGAAGAGCAGUCGUGAUGAAGUCAUGAGCUUGACGACACAAAACACAGAGCUGGAGGAGCGGUUUGCCAAGUACCGCGCAUCAUCUCAAUCACAGUAUUCCGAGCUGCAACAGGAGCGCGACCGGGUGGAAUUCGAGGCCAAAACGGCCAGGUCAUCAUACAUCGCCCUCCAGCGCACGUAUGAGGACCAGACCACUCGACUUGCGGAAGCGCACGCUAAUGUGCGCACGCUGACCAACGCGCUUGCCAAGCAGAAGGCCGAGAGCCGUCUUGAGCUCGAGCGGGUCAUUGCCCAGAACGCGCUGCUGGAGAAGUACUCGUCUGAGGCGCGGGACGCUGUGCUGGACCGCGAAUCCGAGCUCGAGGACAUGGCUGCGCGGUCCUCGGACAAGGAACGCGCGUUCGAGGAGACUAUCAACCGCUUGGAAGGCGAGCUCGCAAGCGCCAAGAAGCGCGCGGACGACUUCAAGUUCGCGCUCGAUCGCUUGACUUCAGCCAACGAUGCUGCCCUCGACUACAGUCCAACGGCCACUAUCGCUGCCCAGCAGCGUGCCAACGGGCAGUCGUACACCCAUGUUUGGACGCAGAAUGUCCUCCUUCAAGAACAAUUGAGCGAGGCUCAAACCAAGAACGAGCGUCUGGAGGACAUGAUUCGGCAAAUUCAGGAGGAGAUCUUGGAGAAGAAACCGAUCUUCGACCAGCAGCGUAAGGAUCACGAACUGGCCAAGGAGCGUGCCAACACUCUCGCUGGCGAGCUCUCUGCAGCCAUCACGGCCCGCGACACCGCUGAAAAGCAAGCUCGUGGUGCCGAGGCGGAGGCCAAGCGUCUGGCGGAGGAGGUGGCAUCACACCAGAUCACUGUGGAGGACCUGGCUCAUCAGGUUCGCGAGCUUACUCGUCAAAUUGCUCUGCGCGACAAUCCCAGCCUUGCACACUCGACUGCUCAGCCCCAGGAGGAGUCAGGUGACAUGAUUACCGACCACUUCGUCGCGUUCGCAUCGCUGGACACGCUCCUCAAGCGAAACCGCCAGCUCCUUACUCUGACUCGCAGUCUUGCCUCCAAGCUUAGUGAGCGGGAAACGACUCGCGCUGAGGGCGAGGCAGCCACCGGCAUGGAAAUUGACCAGGCUGCCGAGAUCAUCGAGCAACAGCGCGAGCAGCUUGAACAUACUUCUGCCAAGCUAUCGGAGGUCACCCGCGAGCGCGACCUCUUCUCCAAGCUCUUGUCCAAGGGUGAAGGCCUCCACUGGCCUGCGACCAACUCAAACUCUAUCCACGACGAUUCUAAUGAACAUGCCGUGGCGUCGUUGCAGGCCGAGCUUGCCGCCGUCCGCUCCCGUGCGGAUACCGAGAUGGAGGAGGCGAGGGCUCGGGCACGAGAGCAGGCUGAGAAGGCGGGCAAAUCGGAAGUGGCUAUGGCUAAGGCAGAAGCCAUGGCUGCCCAUCUGAAGGGUAAGCUAAUGGGAGAGGCGAGGCUAACUCUGCCAGAACAAGUGCGCAGCAUCGAUCAGACCCUCGCAUUGCAGAAGACAAACUACGCCAAUCUCGAGUCUCAGUUGCACCAGGUGCAGUCGCAGCUUCAUUCCGCGCAACUUGACCUUCGCCGGGCUCGCGAGGAGGUUGCGUCGCAUCAGGCCACGGAGAAGCGUCUCCGCGACGAAGCUGCACAAUUGCGUGCAGAGAAGGAGCUGUGGGAAAGCCAGCAGGCCCGCCUCCAGUCUGACUUCGCCGCUGUCCAGCAAGAGCGUGCUAAGCUCACGUACACAAUCGAGAACUUCAGCAACGUCUCUACCGCCAACGAGCGCACACGUGCGGAAGAGCGCACCCAGCUUCAGAAGCGCAUCGAGGAGUUGCAAACCCAGGCUGUCACCCUGCGGUCCCAGGUCGACCAGGCGCGCGAGCACGCCGCACAGGCCCAGAAGAAGGCUGAUGAGGCCGACGCGCGCAUCGUCGCGGAGACUGCUGCGAUCCGCACCGAGAAGGAGGCGGCUGUGGCCAGCAAGACGGCCGAGAUUGAGGCCAAGACGGCCGAGGUUGAUGCCAAGACGGCCCAGUUGGCGAAGGCCGACGAACAGCUCGCGGAAGCGAAGCGCAUCGGUUUGAAUUGGCAGCGCCGCUCGAGGGAGCUCCAGAACACGAUCACUGAACUCACGACUGCCAACGCCAACGUUGCCGAGAAGGAAGCUGCGGUCGCCAAGCUCACAACUGAGCUCGCAGAGUCCCAGACAAAGAUCGUCAGCCUCGAGGCGAAGAUCUCGGAGCUGGAAAGCAAGGUCACGGAGGGCGAGCAGUCUCUGCAGACGAAGGAUGCCAGAGUGUCUCAGCUUGAGGCAGACCUCACCACUGCUCAGACCGGGGCCGGGGGAGCUGCGGCAAGCUCAACGGCUGACGCGGCGGAAUUGGCCGCUAUCAAGGAAGAGCGCGACUCGCUCCAGCUCCGCCUUGCGCAAGCCGAGAAGGAUCUGGAAGCUGCGCGGGCCUCGAGCUCGUCAGCUGUUGCGGCUGCGGAGCCGGUCAUCGGCAACGCCGAGGAGCUGCAGGCCAAGAUCGACGAGCUCACCAAGAAACUCGAGGAGAAGGAGACGCAGUACGACAACGACGUGCGCAAGGUGAACAAGGCGAACGCGACGAUGAAGACACGCAUCGGCGUCCUCAACGGCGAGCGCGCCGACCUCGACCAGAAGAUCGCGGCGUUCGAGAAGGAGGUCGCGGAGCUCAAGACGAAGCUUGCCACCGCCGAGGCCGCGGCGGCGGCGGCGGGGCAGGCUGGCUCAGAAGCCGCGCCUAACCAGGAAGCUGUGGACCAGGCAGUGAAAGAGGCCGUGGCGAAGCGCGAGGCGGAGCUCCACGCAGAACACCAGACGGCGCUUGCCAACGCGUCCGCCGCGUCCGCUGGGUCUAGUGACGCGGACGCGGCCGCGAUCAAGGCUGCGGUCGAAGCAAAGGAGGCCGAGCUCAAGGCCGCAUACGAAGCUCAGCUCGUCGAGGCCAAGGCCGCCGCUGCCGGCGGCGGCGGGGCGGACGCGACCAAGGCCGCUGACCUCGAGAAGAAGGUGGAGGAGCUUGAGAAGAAGAUUAAGGCGCUCGAACGCAGUGCGCGCACCGCCGAGAUCUCGCGUAAGACUUUGGAGCGCCAGAAGAACGAUCUCGAGAACAAACUCGCCGCGGCGACGGGGAGCAACGGCGCGCCCUCCCCUGCGCCGGCGCUAUCACCCGCCGCGGCGCCCUUCAAGCCCGGCGCACCGGCCACGCGAUCGACAACCGCCACACAACCCGCACAGCCCGCCGCUGCCGCGGCACCUGCGGCACCGGCCGCCACGCCCGCGACGCCGGCUGCGGCGGAGGCAGCGCCAGCGGGCACGACUUCGGGGGAGACGACCCCCGUGCGUGGCGGGACGGCGAUCCGGGGGGCAAGGGGGCGCGGGACGGCGAUCCGCGGACGCGGCGCGGCGCCGGGUGCGCGCGCCAACAUUCUUGGUAAUGUCAAUGCGACGCUUGCGGGCGCGGCUGAGGGCGGGACGAAGAGGGCUGCACCGGACGACGAGGGCGCCGCCCCGGGCGCCGCGGGCACUAUCUUGCAGCGCCUUAACCGGCCGCAAGGCGAUGCGGCGGCGCGUCCUGCGAAGAAGCCGCGUGGCGGGGCGGCAGCGCGUGGAGGGCGGGGUACGGGCAGGCAGAGCACGGGAGGGCAUCAGGAGGGGACGGGGGGUGCGGGAGGAGCAUAG